AUGGGUGGGAAGACAAGCAUAUUCAGUAUAUGUAAAGGAAUCCCCAAGCGCAAAAAAUCCAAAAAGAAAUCAACUCAAAACACUCCUCUCCUAAUUGCGAACGCACUAGGCCCAACUGAGGACAAUAUCGAAAACCCCAAAGGAUACUUGUAUUUUAGUAAAAAAGAGCAAAAAUAUUACGAUUCUUUGCUAGUAAAAGAAGAAAAAACACCAGGAGAAAUCAUCGCCCCUACAAAUUGGCAAACAAGUGAAAUGCUCGGCCAGGGUAGCUUUGGCCGCGUUUUGUUUGGCGCAAACAUGGAUACAGGCGAACUGAUGGCAGUCAAACAGAUCCCGAUUGUUGGCUUUGAAUAUGAAACCGCCAACGAGAGGAUUAAAGAGAUCCAAGAAGAAGUUGACAUUUUAAGUCAGCUGAAACACAAAAACAUUGUUAGAUACUUAGGAACUGAAAGAAACGACCAAUUUCUGCAUAUUUUUCUUGAAUAUAUUCCAGGAGGUUCUAUUGCGUCCUUAUUAGCCAAGUAUGGAAAAUUUAACGAAACUUUGAUAAGGGUUUACACCAAACAAAUUUUGGAAGGCCUUGAGUAUUUGCAUUAUCAUAAAAUCAUACAUAGAGAUAUAAAAGGUGCAAAUGUGCUGGUUGGCAGUGAUGGAGUUUGCAAGUUGGCUGAUUUUGGAGCUUCGAAAAGGAUCAUAGGAUUAUGUGACCAAACACAGUUCAAAUCACUUAAUUUUGACAUUAUUAAAAAAAUUAAAAAAAAUAAAAUUUAAUUUAGUUUAAAAAAUAAAAAAUAAUUUAUAGGAUAAAAGUUAGAGGAACUGUAAAUUGAAUGGCUCCAGAAGUAAUGAAAGAAGAGGGCCAUGGACGAUUUGCAGACGUUUGGAGCUUAGGCUGCUUAGUUGUAGAAAUGGCAACUGGCAAGCCUCCAUGGUUUUACAAAACAAACCCGAUCGCUGUCUUCAUGCACGUUUGCAGCACAAAUAAUCCUCCAGAGCUUCCAGAAGAGCUUUCUGAAGAAUGUAAGGACUUUGUAAAAGAGUGCUUUCAAAGAGAUCCCAGCAAGCGUGCCAACGUCUACAAAUUAUUAAGGCAUCCUUUCAUAGUAGGUACGACACAAUAUCCUCUUUAUAUGGGCCCAAGUAAGACUGACGAUUUCUUAUCAAACUCCACAAAAUUUUCCUCAGAUGAUAACAAAGUAGCAGCAUUUUUAUCAGGAAGUUUAGCAGAAAGUGUAUUAUAUCCCUUAAAUUAAAAUUAAUUAUUUUUAUAUAGAAAAAUAAUUUUUUAUAUUUAAUUUAAUAAAGAAUAAAUGAAGAAAUAAAAAUUAAAGAAAAACCCACUGAUGAAGGCAAUUUAGACUAUUGUGAUCCUCAUCAUAAUGUAAAAGCGCCUUUUGAUAGUAUCAUUACAAUAUCUAAAUUCAUUCCAUUAGCCAAAGAAGAAAACGAAGAAAUUAUCUUAAGAAGGCCCAGUGACUCUGGCAGUUCUGAAGAAAGUAAAAUUUUUAAUAACAAUUCUGAAGUCUGCCGAGCUGAAUUAUCGUCAUCUAUUACUGUGAAAAUUCACACUGUAAGAGUUGAAUAA